GAAAAGUUUCUUGCCCCAUGGCUGUUAAAUUUGUCACAUUAUUGCUGUUGGACCUCACUUUCCUGAGUCACUACGUGGCUGCUUUCUGCAAUGUCACCUGCACGACAGACUAUGCAACGUCACUGAACUGUUCCUGUCCCGGCUCCCUCCCUCUGUUUCCUGUUCUGCUAGAAGCCAAACUCAGGGAUUUUGAAGAGGAGACUUAUGGCAGCUGUGAAAUUAAACCACCACAGUCCUGGUGUCUAAUGUACCCGGACCGUUUUAAUGAAUUCGCUUCCAUUGGAACCAACUGCACUGCAAGAGUUAAACACUGGGGCGGUCAAGUCAGAACGAAUGUGAAUGAGUCAUACAGCUGGGCACUGAGUGAUAUGGUGACGCUUCUGAAGCCGACCAACGUGAAAGUGACCAACAACAGUGAGUUCAUGAACAUCACCUGGGACAUGGACAAUAACCUGGAUGAGUGCCUGAGGUACAGGGUCCGGCUUACUGUGCACAAGGACAUCCCAAGGCCACCCAAUGACUGUUGCGAUAGGCUCCGGCAUCCCCACGACCCUGACAGCAGGAUAAGCGGUUUGGCUAAUGGAUGGAUUAUUCAACCUUUAUUUAACCAGGAUCCAGAUUAUUGCUUUUUAGUGGACCAGACAAAUCUACAGAUCAGUUUAAUUAAACUGCAGCCAAACACUAAGUACUUUGUGGAUGUCCAGGCCUCGUUCUGUCCUGAGGCCAUGUACAAAGGACCAUGGAGUGAAUGGAGCGCGGCGACAGAAUGUAGGACAAUGAAACACGAUGGUGCAGUCUGGUGGUCUCUUGCUCUCCUCCUUCUUCUCCCCUAUUCCAUGUACCUCUUCAUACAUCGCUUCCUUAAGCCGUGCUGGUUGAAGAUCACAUACAUCCCUAAACCAGAUGGGUUUUUCAAACCCCUGUACAGCACCUAUGGAGGGAAUUUCAAGGACUGGGUGAGGCCUGGUUUUAGUGAGUAUGACGUCCUGAGGAUCGGCAGACCCAUCGAGGUGACAGCUGAGAGGAAUCUGGAAGUCCUGCUUCACUGGAAUACUGAGAAGGAAAGCCAUCGCCAGGACAAUGAGGAGGACAGGGAACAACGCACGCUUUCCCAUGAUAGUUUCCACCCUCACAGUGUCUCCCUCUUUGACUUCCAAGAUGGUGGUAGUUGGCAGGGCCACUCCACGGGACACAUUUCCAUCCAUAUGGUCACCCUCUCUGGGGAAGAGGAGUCUGAGGAGAGGCCUGCAUUAGAGAGCUUCAUGAACAUCCUCAGAAGAUGCCAAGAUGAGGGAACCUCUGGUCCAUAUGCGGAAGGCCCCGGAGAUGCAGGCUAUGAUUUGGCCAGUUUGGGGGCUCCCCCGAGAAUAUCUAGAGAUGAUGAAUUAUCUGGUAGAGAAUUACAGGAUGGGUUUCUUGCACAGGAGGGAAAUCAAAUAUCGGUCUCAAACAUAGACUGUCAGCCUCAUUAUGGUCAUGCGCUUGAACUAGAGCGGGUCUCUCUUGAUUCAUUUGCUUCAAAUGAGCAGUUGGAGGACGGCUACCCCUGCGUGGACUUGGACACCAUCGACAGCGGGUUUGGAGAGUCAGACGCCAGUAGUCCUGUGACCUCAGGGGCACCAAAUGACUCCAUUUUAGUGAAUCAGGAAGAGAACUCGAGCUCACACUAUGUCAAGCAAUGGAUAAUAUACGGACCCCUGUGGCAAGACUCUGACAACUCAGUGAACCCACCAACACUUUGACUCCUUGAUUCUUUUUUCUCAGGUGAAAAGAGUGAAAAGAGAGGCCAUUACUGAACUUUCAAAAAAAAAUUGCUAAAAAAAAACACAAUUUGGGGUUGUAGUAGUCUUUUCCUUAAAGUUAUAGAAAUUGCCAACCACCUACGUUGGUAGUUUAUAUAUAUUUCACCUGCUCAUGGUUGUACUGUUACUAUGAAGCUGUGGCUGGUCUCUUCACAGCUGUGGUGAUAUACCUACUAUACAUUCAAUAAAUACUGGAGCUUCAGGCUUUAGAAUAAGGCAUCAUGUUCAAUAUAUGUAGCAAUGGGAAUGUAUAUACAGUACUACGUGUGCAGCACUAGAGUAUGUAGUACUGUGUAUGUUUGUAGCUGGUGCAAAACUGCUGUCAGAAACUUGUUGCAUCUUUGUAUAGUUUCCUCAUCUCACAGUCUUGCUUUCGCCAUCUCUGCCUACAGCAACACGCCGCUCAGUCCAGAUACACUGUUCUGAUAAACGUUCACACACGUACUGCUUGCAAGUGCAAAAUGUUAUCAGAAACCACUAGAGCCACUCACAUACAGCUGCAUUGUAUACUGUGCGCUGGAGAACACGGUGUCAUCUCAGCUUUCUGCCUGCCACCGGUAGAAAGAUGGACAUAAUAGAUAUAACUUGUCUCAAACGGUCUUUCAAUCCAUAUCUCUGCAAUAAAGAUAUUAUCUUCCCCCGCAUCAAUGCCAGCAACACGGUGUCUUGAUGCUUUUUCAUUUCAAGUGGACCAAGUGAGUGUGAAAGGAAUAGCUCGGGGUUUGUUUGUUUUUUCAAGUCUAUAUUGUAUACUUACCACUCGUGCAGCACAUAGGAAGGUUUCACUUUCACAGUCAUCCAACCUCAUUUCAAGAAUUGUGGAUUUGUCCUCCAUUCAUUGCAUUGACCUGUAGAUGACAAGCUGGAGCUGGAUGUCAGGUACGGAGAAAAGGGUGGAUGGUGGCCGUAUAGUGGAAACUACCUAUGUAGUUUAUGAGUAUCAAAGACCAAACUUCAUGCAAUUUAAAAACUGCUGGAGAGUAUCUUUUUCAUAUGAUGUUUAGGCUGUCAACUCAAAUAAUCCAUCCGUCCGUCCAAUCAAUACCUGUACCUGCUUAAUCCAGGCCAGCGUCACGAGAUGUUUGGUACUCUGGUGAGAAAAUGUGAUCUGCAUGAUCCCAUCUGCGACCCGCCCUUCACCCGAGGUUUGUGUAUCGCUGCCAUCUGACCGUGUCCCAUCCAGAGCCGUAUCGAUGUCCUCGUUUCUUGUCUUGUGACACCUUGUUUAUCUGUUUUUUUUAUUUCUUGGAAAACACUUUGUUUUCAAAAGCACUGUACACAUCAAUGUAUAGUGACUGUAAAUGUAUUUUUACAUUAUUUGUGUUUUUAGCCUGUAUGUUUUAAGGUCUCUAAAAAAAAGUAUG